CCCAAAGAAACAAUUAAGUGGUGAUGGAGUCAUCAACGACAACAUCGUAUUCAGUCGUGUCGGAGCUCGAAGGAACUCUAUUGAAAACCCCAAAACCCUUCGCUUACUUCAUGCUCAUGGCUUUCGAGGCAUCAGGAUUAAUUCGUUACACACUUCUUCUGUUUCUCUGGCCUAUCAUAGCACUCCUUGACGUUUUGGGCUACAGAAACGGUAGCCUUAAGCUGAUGAUCUUCGUUGCAACGGCUGGUUUGCGCGAAUCGGAGAUAGAAUCAGUGUCUCGAGCCGUUCUUCCCAAAUUCUACAUGGAUGAUAUAAGCAUGGAUGCUUGGAGAGCGUUUGGUUCGUGCGAGAAGAGAGUCGUUGUCACAAGAAUGCCACGAGUUAUGGUGGAGAGAUUCGCUAAAGACCAUCUUAGAGCCCAUGAGGUCAUCGGUACAGAGAUAAUCAUCAACCGUUUCGGUUAUGCCACCGGUUUUAUUCAGGAAUCUGAUGUCGAUAGAUCCAUUUUCAACAGUGUGGCUAACUUGUUUGAAGAUCGAAGACCUCAACUAGGUCUUGGACGACCGAUUAUCUCGGGCUCUCAAACUUUCCUAUCGUUAUGUGAGGAGCAAGUUCACGCACCCGUUCCAUCGAACUACAACGUCCAGCGUUUGCAUGUGCAGCUGUUACCAGUCAUAUUCCACGAUGGACGUUUGGUGAAGCUACCGACACCAGCCACCGCACUCCUCGUCCUUCUCUGGAUCCCUUUCGGAAUAAUCCUAGCCGUGGUUCGUCUCUUCAUCGGGUCCAUGCUCCCUUUAUGGGCCAUACCUUAUGUCUCACGCAUAUUCAACAUUCGGUUCAUCGUAAAAGGAAAGCCUCCAGCACCAGCAUCCGCUGGAAACCAAGGCGUACUAUUCGUAUGCACUCAUAGAACCGUAAUGGAUCCAGUCAUAUUAUCCUAUGUGCUCGGCCGUAGCAUCCCAGCCGUUACCUACUCCGUUUCUCGCUUAUCUGAAAUAUUAUCUCCGAUUCCAACGUUUCGUCUAACUCGAGUUCGAGAUGUAGACGCCGAGAUUAUAAAGAAAGAGUUAUCUAACGGGGAUUUGGUGGUAUAUCCCGAGGGAACCACUUGCCGUGAACCGUUUCUGCUGAGAUUUAGCGCGCUUUUCGCGGAGUUAACUGAUAAGAUCGUUCCCGUGGCGAUGAACUAUAGAGUUGGGUUCUUUCAUGCGACUACCGCUAGAGGCUGGAAGGCUUUUGACCCCAUCUUCUUUUUCAUGAACCCUAGACCGGUUUACGAGGUGACGUUCUUGAACCAGCUCGAAGUGGAGGCAACGUGUUCAUCAGGGAAGAGUCCGUAUGACGUGGCUAAUUAUGUGCAGAGAAUCUUGGCGGCUACGUUAGGGUUUCAGUGUACUAACUUCACGAGGAAGGAUAAAUAUAGAGUUCUCGCUGGGAACGAUGGGGCGGUGUCGUACUCGUCGUUUCUCGACCAAUUCAAGAAGGUCGUCGCCACUAUCAAACCUUUUUUCAAAUAGUUUUCAAGUUUUUAUACGCAUUUUUCUAAAUAAUGUGAUCAUCGCCUGGUUGCAAAAUGUUUGUUAUCCUUUUUAGAUCUAAUUCAAGAAGGUAUAUUCUUACGGGUUUGUAUUUUUCUUAAUUUAUAUAUCAACUUUUUGUUAAAAUUUUAAAUUACAU